CGUAAAUGUUAUUUCCCAGUAAUUCAGUCGAGGUUUGUGAAUGUGAGAUUUGUUGCAUGUAUUUUCUGGACCAGCUAGAACUCCUCGUCUCCUGCAAGCAGUACAGCAUACCUUGCUGAUACAGAUUUGGUGUUUGUUUAGAAUAGGGGGAAUCCCGAGCAUUGCCCGAUGUGUUGACGCCAUUGACGUAAUUCUUGCUGUAGUACAAACCUUCAAGAUGCAUCCUGAUCUAUCCUCUCAUCUCCACACAGAGGAGUGCAACAUCCUCAUCAGAAAACUGCUGCAGUGCCACAAAGAUAAUCCAUUCAAGAAGUUCACGGGUGUGUGCAAUCAAGAGGACACAGAUCUACGAAGCUGUUUAAACAGAGAGUACCACCAGCGGCUGGAAGCUAACAAGAUGAAGACAAAUGAGCGCAGACGAAGAAUGGGCCUCGUGGAGCAAUUGUGACGUCUCAUAGUUUGCUGGACAAGUGAAACAUUCAUCGCCACAUAACAUGUACAUGUCUAGUGUGCUAUGGCAAUCAACAAUCCACAUUGCUCAAGCCUGAUCAUUGGUCAAACGAGACGGAAACAGUGCAACUACUUGUAUAGAGUUGACAGUUGUGUGGCCCAUUCGAGGGAGAAUCUAUGUAGGAAAUGUCGCAUUGUGGUCAUGCACUAUUCUACUUAUGACAUGGAGAGAAUGCCCAACUGUUUUUUUCAUUUCAGAGUAGGCUUGGCAUAGUUUGCGUUGUGUACAUCUGGCAUGAUGUACUACAAAGUUUGGCCAUAGGGUUUUUUUUCGGGGGGGGGGGGGGGGGAGGCGUUGUCAUGGUACUUUUCAGACGGCCUGUUUUGUAUGUGUAUGUUUGAUUAUCUUCAAACUUUUGAGUAUAAUCAAAUUAAGGGUAGAGUAGAUCAUUUGCAGCUAUUCAAAAAGUAGAUGAAGAAAAGCUUACUUGGUUUAAAGAUGGUAAUGGCACGAAACUCCCUGUGAAAUCUUUCUGGCAUGCUCUCAUUUUGAAGAAAACAAAAGUUUUGGAAAAUUCUGUCAGUAGUUGGUUUGUAAUUCGGCGAAUUCGUGAAUGGGUGUGCUAAAGCAUUGACACAACGCACACACAGUUGCGAUAAUUCAGUUCAGAGCGUGACAUCGCGUAGCUGCAAUCAGCUGAAUAAGAAUGUGUCCUGGAUGCUGAUUUUGGGUGCAAUUCAAAACAUGACUCGACAACUUUUGAAUUGACACCAAGAUCCUUGAAAAUUGUUUUCUCGGAAUAUAAAGCAUUCACAGAGCUGAAGCUUCAUCAGGUAAAUUGUUGAGCACCUUUGUUGCUUCAAAUAAAAGAAAAUCGUAAAUGAUCUACCCCACCUCUGAACAUGUGAUCUACAUGUGUAAGCUAAAAAAACAAGAUCAUGCAAAUAUGUUUUCAAGGAAUUGGAGUUUGACGAGCAAGCUUGGGAAAAAGGCAGUUGGUGGUUUUUGUUUUGAAGAAGAAAAAUUAGCUUUAAAUUAAUUUCUAAUUUGUCCUGGACUGCUGUGAACUCUGGAGCAUCCAAUUGCAAGUACAACAUUUUUCUCUCUUCAAAAUCUAUUAUUUAUUUCAUUAACAAACACAACUAUUACAUUCAUACAAAAAAAACUGAGUACAGUUUUAUAAUUAAAAAUGACAUUAAAAUACGUACUGGAACUUAUUCUCCUGUACUGAUAUCUAUUCAGCAUACCGUGUAGCAAGACCAUGUACACAUAAGUGGGCGAAUUUUUGAAACUGGGGUGCAAGGAACAGAUGUUGUUUUUUAAUAAAAUGAAUAUGAAAAUGUAA